AUGAUUAUUGCAUUAAUAUCAGAAUAUUUGGAAACACAUCAAGGUAGAGAUAAAUUUUUGAGAACAUUGUCUUAUAUGGCAAAAUUUGCUACGUUGGGCAUAUCCUCAAAUGAAACAGAAAAGAAAUUAAAAAUAUUUAGCAGUCAAAUGAGUGAAUGCAGAAUGAUUUUAAGAUUAUUAGAUGACAUACCAACCAUUCAUUAUGCAAUGACAUAUGGAUGGGGAAAAGAGGAGCCAGAUCGGUUGAUCAGAUGUGUGGAACUAAUGCAGAUUUUGGUGGAUAUUAUGUUUGGCCCAGUAGAACACACUUUUUGGGCUAGCAAACAUAAAUUGAUUAAAUUUGAUACUGAAGCAUGGAAUAAUGCUUCAACAUGGUUCUGGAUAAUUUCUCUGCAACUGUCAUUAUUAAAAUCUCUGCGAAAAUUAAAACAGUUUAGCAAUUAUAAGACGCACCUUAGUAAAACUAACUGCAAUACGAGAAUUGCCUUGAAGACAGUAAGCAGACAGAGGUGGAAUGAAUUACUAACUUGCAUAAGAUUAGUCUUAGAUAUAAGUUAUGCAGUUAGUUAUCUGCCAUCUGGCACAUUCUGGGGAGGACAGUUAAAAACUUGGCAAGUUGGGGCACUUGGAACAUUGUCUUCCUUGAUUGGUUUGUAUCAAGCUUUAAGUAAACGAGCCAAACACAAAAGUACAUAAUAUCUACAGUUAAGAAUAAGGUGGCAAGAAUUGUUACAAUUAUCAGUAUAGAUAUAUUUUUUUAUUUCUGUUAAUCAAUUUAUAUAAGAAAUUUUGUGUAAUAAAUGUCAAAUUAAAGCAUAAUUAAAAGAAAAUGAAUCUUAAUUGUUUAAUCUUUUUAUGUAAUUUAAAGCAUAAUUUUAUAUAUUAUGAAACAAUACAAUAUUGUUAACAUAAUAAAGAACAAUUUAUUGUUUUUAAUAUAUCAAUUUUGUGUUACAAGGUAUGUUUUAACAAGGAUAUAUGCAGUAGGAAAAAAGCUAAAGCAAUAUAAAUUAUUGAUAUUUCGGAUAAAGCUUACUUGAUUUUAAGCUAAUUAGUAUUUAUAUAUGUUUACUAUUGAUCGAAUCGUUUUUACAUGUUAUUCGAAUGUCAGUAUUUGUAAAUUAUAGAUAUAGGUUCUAUUAUCAAUAAAAGUGAAAGAAUAGGAGGCACUUUCUGUAUGAACAUAAAUAAAAAUAUUUUGCUACCUAGAGCACGAUGUAAUCAUUGCCUCGCGAGUGGUUAAAUCUCUUAAAAGUGUUAAGAAAACUUGACAUUAUGCGUACCAGUAGCAGUCUUGUUUCUUUAAUAAUAGAUCACCCUGUAUCGCGUGGUUAUCAAUGAUUUAAAAAUAAUUUGUGUUUUCCACGUUAGAAUAAAAUCUAUGGAGAUUAUAUUAAAAGGCACGACUUAUUAAAAGUUUGUAAAUAAGAUAAUAUUUCCGAUAAAAGAGCAUCUUUAAAAUUUCUGACGGCUCAUUAUUCAUUAUCUUUUCGCCGUUAAUUCGUUAGUUUUUAGUCUAAGAGUUUUUGUCGUUCAUUAGUUUAGAACCAUUCUUAGGCAUUAGCAAAAACUGAUCUUUUGUUUACUAAAAACUUUAUGAUUACAUUCGAAGCUUUUGUAGAAUAUAUGUAUAUAUAUACAUAUAUUAUUUUGUAUGUUGUAUUAAAGCACUUCAUAGGAGUAUUUUCUUAUGUAUAUAAUAACCAUAUUGUUUGAUAAUUGUAUUUGAUGUAACACGAUAUAUUUUUUUUGUAUAUUUGUUCCACUUCCUUAAACCAGGCGAAAUUUUAAUGACUCAGAAAUGUGAUAAAUUCACCUUCCCUUUAAUAUGUGUUAAGUAAUUCAGUACUAUAGCAGUGUAACUUGCAGUUGAUUAUAUGAAUUUUAAAUUAUUUAAAUCUUAAACUUAUACUUUUAUCUUGGAUCAUUAUUAAUGUAUGAUCAUCAUUAAUAUGUAAUCUAUAAUUAUUUAAAAUAAAGAAUAUAAUAUAUAAA